AUGGUCUGUGUACCAAGGUCGAAAGGCUGCGCAGCCUGUCUCUCUAAGCAUGUCAAGUGCGAUGAGGUCCGGCCGGAGUGUACACGAUGUCAAAAGUCCGGACGUCGUUGCCCAGGCUAUCACAAGGAGAUUAUUCUCAAACACUACGAUGCCGAUGGAUCGAGGACAAACAGUUUCAAGUCAAGUCUUGAGCAGAAAGAUCACAUGGUACGACGGAGUAGCACGAAUUGUUCCAAGGGCUCGAAAUCUCUCAUUACAGAUAAGCUGUUCUCCACGUCACCAAGCGUUGUGAGCAUAUUUACAAAUCAGGUCGUGUCGACAAUGAUAGUCGCCAUAUCACCAGAGUGGCAAGUCCUUCUCCCGUCACAGCGCUACACUAGAAUAUGGCUCCAAGAGGUUAUCACACGGGCAGAAAGCGAUACCUUACUGCGGUCCUCGGCUCGAGCACUCUCAUUACUAUGUCUCGGCAUCACUACAGGCGCACAGGAUGUAAUGAUUGUAGCGCAAUCCAACUAUACAUCUGCACUGAAGAAAAUGCAGAGCGUGAUCUCACGUGGCAAUCAAGCCUUUGCGAAUAUUCAGAGCGCAGCAAUGCUGCUAGCUUUUUACGAGCUUCUUCGUCCCUCUUCUCGUCAGGCAUGGAUACAGCAUGCGGGCGGAGUCGCUAGUAUCAUGAAGAUUCGAGGUCCCGCCGUGUACACCAAAGGCUUUGACAAGAUCUGUUAUAUGGCAAUGCGGAAUUACUUGGUUAGCGAUGCCAUCAUCUCGGGGACUGCAUGCUUUCUGGCAGAGGCCGACUGGAUUUUACAAGACGAGCAGGCCCAAGAGCCGCCAGAGAUGAUGUUCAGAUGCCACGUCAAGCUUCCUGGACUUUUGCACGACAUCAGGAAUAAGACCGCUGAUCAGUCUUCCCCUCAAAAGCUGCACACCAAAGCACUAGCUCUCCGUGAACAGAUGGUUUGCUGUUUUCAUACCUGGGUGUUGUCUAAAGGAUCACUUGAUGCAUUUCCGCCGAGCUGUGUGAAUAGCGGAUCUUUGUAUGGAUAUGCUUACAAGUUCUCCGAGCUGCAAAGUUUGAUCUUGUAUUGCUCACACUACGCAAGUUUGAUCGUCAUCAACAAUAUCAUCAUGGAGUCUUGGGAAGGAUACCGGUUGAGGUUUAUGGACGAAUGCAACAAAGCAGCCGCAGAAAUCGCUGCUUGCGUGGAUCAGGCACAGUCUUCUCUGCUGACGAAUUUGAGUCUGAAGUUUUGGCUGCAAGCCGCCGCACAUGGCUGUGCCCCUUCGGAUGCCUCAUGGUUCAUGAACACAAUUCAACGACUCAGUCACUAG